UCGCCCACCAUGGCGUCCAAUAUGCGUGGGCUCACGCAGUUCAUUGCCGACAUCCGAAGUGCCCGAGUGCGCGAACUAGAGGAAAAGCGAAUCAACAAGGAAAUGGCUAACAUUCGCAAGAAAUUCAAGGACGGCAAUUUGGAUGGAUACCAAAAGAAGAAAUAUGUAGCCAAGGUCAUCUUUACCUACAUUCUUGGCUAUAAAGUCGACGUUGGCCAUAUGGAAGCUGUGAAUCUGAUUUCGAGCCCCAAGUAUAGCGAGAAACAAAUUGGCUACCUUGCGGUAACAUUGUUAAUGCACGAAAACUCCGAUUUUCUGCGCUUGGUGGUCAACUCGAUACGAAAGGACUUGGACUCCAACAAUGAGGUCGACAACUGCCUCGCUUUACACGCCAUCGCCAACGUAGGCGGAAGUGAAAUGGCCGAGGCUCUGGCAGAAGACGUUCAUCGUCUACUGAUCUCACCCACGUCUCAGAGUUUUGUGAAGAAGAAAGCCGCCUUGACGUUGCUUCGACUGUACCGCAAACAUCCUGAUGUGAUUCCGGCGGCUGAAUGGGCAUUGCGUAUCAUUUCUAUCAUGGAUGAUGAGGACUUGGGAGUCGUUGUGUGUGUUACAAGUUUAGUCAUGGCUUUGGCUCAGGACCAUCUCACGCCAUAUGCGGUGUGCUAUACCAAGGCCGUUGAUCGCUUGCGCAAGCUCGUAGUUGAGCACGAAUAUGCAGCCACCUAUGCAUAUUAUAAAGUGCCUUCUCCGUGGCUACAGGUUAAGCUGUUACGACUUCUUCAAUAUUACCCACCGCCGGAGGACCCAAGUAUCCAAGAGGCUCUUCACGAGGUGCUGACCACUAUCAUGAACAACAGCUCCGAACCUUCUCGCAACGUUCAACACAACAAUGCCCAACAUGCCGUGUUAUUCGAAGCUAUCAGUCUCGCCAUUCAUAUUGACACCAAUUCACCUCUGGUCGGCACAGCGGCUGUUCUUCUCGCUCGUUUCAUCUCGUCAAAGGAAACCAAUGUUCGAUACCUUGGCCUUGACACGAUGGCUCAUCUGGCGGCACGAGCCGACUCGCUAGCCCCAAUUAAAAAGCAGCAGAACAUCAUCAUUUUGUCCUUGAGAGAUAAGGACAUUUCGGUUCGACGACGGGCACUCGACCUACUGUACAGCAUGUGCGACGUGGAUAACUCUGAGCUCAUUGUUGGGGAACUGUUGAGGUAUUUGGCGGUCGCUGAUUACGCGUUACGAGAGGAAAUGGUCCUCAAAAUUGCAAUCUUGACCGAGAAAUACGCUACGUCCUAUAAAUGGUACAUCGACACCAUCCUUCAGCUAAUCAGCUCUGCUGGGGACCAUGUUGGAGACGAAGUUUGGUAUCGGGUCGUUCAAAUCGUUACCAACACAGAAGACCUCCAGGAGUAUGCCGCCAGGGUUGUUUUCGAGCACCUGAAACAGCCCUCCAAUCACGAGAGCUUGGUCAAAGUUGGCGGCUAUAUACUGGGCGAAUAUGGACAUCUCAUUGCCAAUGAACCCGGAUAUAGUCCCAUCGACCAAUUUCGUGUUCUUCAUAACAAGUCUCAAUACUGUGUGGCCGCGACGCGGUCAUUACUCCUUUCCACUUACAUCAAAUGGGUCAACGUCUUCCCCGAAAUCAAACCUCAAUUAGUGACCAUAUUUGAGCGCUAUCGCCACGUUUUAGAUGCCGAGCUCCAGCAAAGGGCCUGCGAGUUCUAUGCUCUUGCCCAACGACCAGAAGAUGACGAAUUGUUGCAAAAUGUGUGCGAGGAGAUGCCGCCUUUCCCUCCUCGAGUCAGUGCUCUGUUGGGUCGCCUCAAUCAAAAACAGGGUGAUACGAAUGACAAGCGCACUUGGGUCCAUGGAGGGAAAGAGAUGAACCUCGACAGGGAGGCCGCGAAGAAGAAAACGUUGACUGACAACAAUUCUUCAUCGGCAUCUGAAGCACAAGACAUAAUGAGUUCCUUGACAGGGCUCCAAAUAACUCCAAGCCAACCCGAGCCCUCAGAAGAUGUCAUGCCUCGAGUCGCAGUCGGGCCAAACAUCGAUCGUUGGUUCGAUAAGCUGACUUGGAAUGCUGAGGGCGUCCUUUAUGAGGAUGUCCAGAUCCAAAUCGGUGUCAAAUCACGAUACCAAGGCCACAUUGGCCAGCUUGCCGUCUACCUCGGCAAUAAGAUACCCUCUCCAUUGACUUCCUUCACUGCGUCCAUUCACGUCAGUGAUCCAGAAGCAUUAUCUGUUACGUUCACGAAAAUACCGCCAAGCACCAUCGCACCACGAACACAAAUGCAGCAACUCUUACAAGUCGAAUGCAAGAAGAUGUUCACCACGCCACCAGUUCUCAGUUUGUCUUUCCUAGCUGGCUCCCAUCAAACCCUCUCCAUCCGCCUUCCCAUCGUCAUAACCAAGUUCUUCGAGCAUGUCAAACUUGGGGCCAACGACUUUUUUGAAAGAUGGAAAAUCAUUGGGGGACCCCCACGCGAGGCCCAACAAGUAUUCCCCAUCGAACUGGACACUGUUGGACAACUUGACCUUCCCAAAUACCGACAAGUGCUUACUGGCCAUCGGCUCAAUGUGCUCGAAGAAAUCGACCCAAAUCCUAAUAACAAUGUCGCCGCUGGUAUACUGAACAUGGCUGUCGAAGGCAAGGUUGGGUGUCUUUUACGCCUAGAACCUAAUCGAGAAGCCAAGCUUUGUCGCGUGACUGUCAGAAGUACAUCAGAGGAGGUUGCUAAAGAGGUGCUCAAGCUUGUCACAAAACCUUUACAAGUUAGUCCAUCAUAG